GCGGCGUCAGUCGCUCACUCGCCCCCGAGUCGCUUGCUUGUCGUCUGUCGCGACAUCGGCCGCGACACGUCACCAAAACUUUCUCAACCGAGUUUAACUUUCGAACUGCGCCGGCGGCCUGUGUGUGUUACAUUCAAAUAAAUAAUUUUGUGUGUGUUUUGUGUUGAUGUGGUUUGAAGUGAAGUAAAAUGCGGAGCGCCAGGGAGGCGUUCUGCCUUCUCCUGCUUGCCGUCGCGGUGGCAGCGCAGAUCGACACGAGGCAUUUAUCAGGCGACACAGUAUGCCCGAGCGGCAUGUUUCGCUGCCCUGAGGGCAAGUGCAUCCCGGCGCUGUGGGUGUGCAACUAUCAACGCGACUGCGAGAAGGGCGAGGACGAGUUCCAGUCGUGCCCGCCUCCUGAGUGCGAGGCUGGGCAGCUGACGUGCGGGCAGUACGUGUGGAACAAGACGUACUGCAUCCCGCCGCACUACCGCUGUGAUAUGCAUGUGGACUGCGUCGACGGCACCGACGAGGCUGACUGCACAUAUCGCAAAUGUCAAACUGACGACUUCCAGUGCGGUGUAGAGGGCGCGGGCCCCGGGAAAGUGUCCUCGCAGGGGCCCUGCAUACCUAAAGAGAAGAAAUGUGACGGGUAUUUAGACUGUAGGACGGGUAAGGACGAGCAGAAUUGUCCCACAGACUCGACACCCUGCCGGCUGGACCAGUUCAAGUGCGCUACAGGGAACAAGUGCGUCGACGCUUCUGUGAAGUGCGACCACAAAGACGACUGCGGCGACAACUCAGACGAAGAACAUUGUAGUUUUCCCCCCUGCCACAUCGGGCAGUUCCGCUGCAGUAACGCGCUGUGCAUCCCCGCUACCUACCACUGCGAUGGAUACAAGGACUGCGCGGACGGCUCCGACGAGGCGAACUGCACCGCCAUAGCCUGCCCCGAUAACAAGUACCUGUGCCCUAAGGGAGGACAAGAUGGAACCCACAAGUGUAUCAUGCGGUACCAGCUGUGUGACGGGAAGAGGGACUGUGAAGAUAAUGCUGAUGAGGAAGCUGCUUGCUCAACGGCCUCCUGUCCCGCCUUGGACUGUGAGUACAAAUGCGUGGCGUCUCCGUCUGGCGGAGCGUGUUCCUGCGCGGCCGGACUCACGCUCUCGGCAGACAACAGGACCUGCGUGGACCGCGACGAGUGCAAGGAGUGGGGCUUCUGCCACCAGCUUUGCGUUAAUACUGCUGGAUCAUAUCGUUGCGCAUGCGCCCCCGGGUACUCGCUGGUGGAGGGGCGGCGCUGCGUGGGCGGCGCGGCGUCGGGCGCGGCGCUGGUGCUGGCGCACGCGGGCGCGGUGCUGCACAUGGACCUGCACGGCCGCGCGCCCGUGUCCCUCGCCAACGCCACCGCGGCCGCCGGACUCGACUACCACUACAGGAGAAAUCUGCUGUUCUGGUCCGAUCUCAAGACUAGAAAGAUCCACUCACAGCAUCUGAGCGUGCCAGCCGGACUGAACAGCUAUGCGGGUAACGACAUCACGGUCGCCGGUUCCUGGGCUCCGGUAGCCCUGGCCGUGGACUGGGUGGGAGACAAACUGUACGUGGCAGAUGCCGUGGGACAAAAGAUUGAUGUUUUCGAGCUGGAUGGAAGACUGCAUGCCGUAGUGCUGGGCUCUAAUUUGACGAACCCAGCCGAUUUGGCCCUGGAUCCGACGCUGGGUCUGAUGUUUGUUGCUGAUAGUAGCCAGAUUGUUCGAGCUAACAUGGACGGUACCCACGCGAAAUCGAUCGUAUCAGAAGCGGCCUACAAAGCAUCAGGUAUAGCGGUGGACAUCAUCGCGCGCCGAGUGUUCUGGUGUGACUCCUUACUGGACUACAUCGAAACGGUCGACUACGACGGCAACCAUCGUUUCUUGGUCCUCAGAGGACAGCAGGUCCCCAGCCCUUCAAGACUCGCUCUUUUCGAAGACAGGGUCUACUGGUCAGACAGCAUUAAACAAGGCAUCAGUUCAGUCAAUAAAUACGAAGGAGCUUCAAGUAUUCAAGCCAUAUACAAAAUGAAGGAUAUCAGGGAACCCAGGGCGAUCACUGUCAUACACUCUUUAAAGCAAACUUCGGUCAAUAACCCCUGUGGUAACAAUAAUGGAGGGUGCUCCCAAAUGUGCAUAGUGACAGCUAUUCAAAAUGGUGGCCUGGGGUACCGCUGCGCUUGCAACAUCGGCUACCGGCUCGAAAGCGAUUUGCGUAAUUGUGAUUUAGUGAAUGAGUUCCUCAUGUACUCCCAACAGAGAUUCAUUAAAGGAAAGGUCCUCAAUCCUGUAAUCGAAGGGUUCAGUGACGCAAUCUUGCCUGUUGUGUCACGAAGGGCUAGAUUCGUUGGCUUGGACUUCGACGCAAGAGAUGAACAUAUCUAUUACUCUGAUGUGCUACAAGAUGUGAUAUACAGGGUGCACAGGAACGGAACGUCUCGGGAAAUUGUCCUCGCAUCACAGAACGAGGGCGUUGAAGGACUCGCGGUAGACUGGGCUUCGAAAAACCUUUACUACAUCGACUCUAGGAAAGGAACAUUGAAUGUCCUUUCAACGAGGAACGUGACUUACAAAAGAACUCUUCUGAAAGACUUAAAAAGACCCAGGGCUAUUGUCGUUCAUCCCAACAAGGGUUUCAUAUUCUUCUCGGAGUGGGACCGACCGGCAAACAUCAGCCGUUGCAACACUGACGGUACCGGGCUUCUCGUUUUCGAAAAUGUUACUCUCGGCUGGCCUAACGGCUUGUCCAUAGAUUUUGACACCGACAGAAUAUACUGGUGUGACGCCUUACUGGACCACGUACAACAUUCCAAACUGGACGGUACUGACGUGAAAACUGUCAAUUCGAGGCUGAUCAGGCAUCCGUUCUCGAUAGUUAUCAACAAAGAGUUCAUGUACAUCACAGACUGGAGACUAGACGCCAUCGUGAGGCUGCACAAACUGACCGGGGAACAGGAAGACAUCAUGGUCCGUGAGCCGCAAACCAACAGGCUGUACGGAGUGAAAGUCUAUAGUGAGAAUAUACAGAAAAUAGACCCGAUGCAACCCUGCGCGAGGAAUAAUGGAAACUGCCAGAAGCUUUGUUUCGCCAUACCGAGGAAUAACACCGAAUUCUUGACUGUUAAGUGCGGAUGUCCUUACGGAGAGAAGUUGGCGGCAGAUGGUCAGAAUUGUAUCGCCGAUCCUAACUCGGAGCCGCCCGUGCAAGCCUGCCCGCACUCCUGGGACUUCACGUGCAAUAACCAGAGAUGUAUCCCGAAGAGCUGGGUGUGCGAUGGGGACGACGACUGUCUAGACAACAGCGAUGAGGAGCAGAAUUGUACCAAAACAACAUGCAGCUCAUCAGAAUUCAUGUGCAAAUCUGGUCGUUGUAUACCUGCGACUUUCAAGUGCGACUCUGAGAACGACUGCGGCGACUUCUCUGACGAGACGGGGUGCGUCAACGUGACCUGCAGCUCCUCGCAGUUCCAGUGCGACAACGGACGCUGCGUGCCCAACACCUGGAAGUGUGACUCCGAGAACGAUUGUGGAGAUGGCUCCGACGAGGGCAGCCAUUGUGCUGAAAAGACUUGCGCUUACUUCCAGUUCACAUGUCCGCGCACGGGGCACUGCAUCCCCGCGUCAUGGGUGUGUGACGGGGACGACGACUGCUUCGACAAGCAGGACGAGGCCGACUGUCCGCCCGUAUCCUGCCUCGCCAACCAGUUCAAAUGCGCUGACCUCAAGCAGUGUGUGCAGGAGGCAUACAAAUGUGACGGCAUCCCGGACUGCAACGACGGCAGCGACGAGGCGGGCUGUCCCUCGCUGGCGCCGCACCAGUGCCAGCCAGACAAACAGUUCCAGUGCCGCUCCUCCGGGAUCUGCAUACCCACUACCUGGUACUGUGACGGCACGCCCGACUGCGAGGACCUGUCGGACGAGCCGGCGUCGUGCGGCGCGGCGCAGUGCGGCGCGAACCACUUCCGCUGCGACAACGGGCGCUGCGUGUUCAAGGCCUACGUGUGCGACGCGCGCGACGACUGCGGCGACGGCUCCGACGAGGGGCUGCAGCACGCCUGCACGCCGCCGCCGUUCAGAUGUCCAACUGGACAGUGGCAAUGUCCUGGAGUUACUGGUCGCUGCGUCAACCUCACGCAAGUUUGCGACAACAAGCCCGAUUGCCCCAACGGUGCUGAUGAAGGUCCUAGCUGUGAUUUCGCCGAAUGCCAAGAUCAACAAGGCCUGUGUACAAACGAAUGUAAGGAGACUCCAAAUGGCCCGCUGUGCCUCUGUCCUCCUGGAGAGGAACUCGACGUCGACGGCUACACCUGUAAGGAUAUCGAUGAAUGCAACCCUCCAGGCAUCUGCUCGCAAGUGUGCACAAAUAUCAAGAAGUCUUAUGUCUGCAGCUGUGUCGACGGGUAUCUCCUCACCAACAACAACCAUUCUUGCAAAGCUAACAACCAUUCCAGCGCCUUCCUCAUCAUUUCCAACAGGCACUCCAUCUUAGUGGCUGAUCUGAACGAACAAGGCUUAGAAAGAGUACCAAUUAAUGUAGAAAAUGUUGUAGCUACAGCCUCCAACAUGCAUACAGGAACUAUAUUCUGGUCUGAUAUGAAGCUGAAGAAGAUUUCUCGGUUAGACCGAGGCAGUGAGCCCCAAGUGAUAAUCACUACAGGACUUGAUCUGGUGGAAGGGUUAGCUUACGACUGGGUGGGGGGUAACAUCUACUGGUUGGACAGCAAGUUAAAUACUAUUGAAGUCGCUAAAGAAGAUGGUACAGCAAGAACUGCGCUGCUUAGCGGUAACAUCACGCAGCCCAGAGGUAUGUGCUUGGAUCCCGCUCCGAACACAAGAUGGUUGUUCUGGACUGACUGGGGAGAAAACCCAAGGAUUGAGAGGAUUGGUAUGGAUGGUACACAGCGCAUGGCAAUAAUAACCACCAAGAUCUACUGGCCAAAUGGUUUGACCCUGGACACGGCGACUAAGAGAGUCUACUUCGCUGAUUCUAAACUGGACUUUAUAGACUUCUGCAACUACGACGGAACUGGAAGGCAGCAGGUGUUGGCUGGCAGUCACUACCUAUUGCACCCGCACUCGUUAACUCUUUUCGAAGACACUUUGUACUGGACGGAUCGUCAAUUAAACAGAGUCCUUUCUGCCCAUAAGUUCAAGGGGUCGAAUCAGACGGUAGUGUCUCACCUGAUUUCGCAGCCGCUGUCUAUUCACGUCCACCACCCCUCGCUCCAGCCGCAGUACCCCUCGCCGUGCAAAAAGGACACUUGCCAACAUCUAUGUUUGCUAAGUCCUAACAUGACCAUCGGCUACACUUGCAUGUGCAAGCCUGGCUUCAAACUCUUGCCUGAUGGAAAAUGCGUUGAAGAGGAAACUGCAUACUUAAUGGUGCUGAAGGGAUCGCAAAUUAUCGAUUUAGCUACAGAUGGUUCUGGAAGAGCUGGACAGUUGGCGUCUGUUGUUGGAAUUCAAGGUGGAGUACAACUAGACUAUGAUAGACAGGGCCACACGCUCUUCUGGCUCCAAUCCAUCUCCGGAGACAGUGACGAUGAAGAGAACUGCACAAUUUACAGCAUGAGUUAUGGCGGAGGGAAUAAAGUCGAGUUCUUCGGCCAAGACACCGGCAUCGUCGGCGCUCCCUCGGCUAUUGCCUUCGAUUGGCUGGGAAGGAACUUGUACAUGGCCAACAGAGUUGCUAGUAACAUUGAGUUGGUGAGAAUAGACGGCAAAGUGAAAUAUAGGUCGAUUGUAAUGGCCAAUGAUGGAAGUAAAAUGUCUGUUGCAAAACCUAAGGCCAUAGCUCUGGAUCCUACUGAAGGGAAAUUAUACUGGUCAGAUGAAGGCGGUUACGGCGUGCCAGCUAAAAUCGGCAAAGCCAAUAUGGACGGCACCAACCCCAUCAUUCUAGUGGACUCCAUUGAGAGACCUGAAGCCAUCACCGUGGACGUGGAGAGGAAGUUGGUGUACUUCAGCACUCAGUUCCCCGCUAGCAUCAACAGUGUCAAUACCGAGGGCAAUGACAGGAAGACUAUUCUCACGGAGUCCAACGCUAUAUCAUUCCCAAAAGUCAUUGCUGUCUUAGACUCAAGGUUAUACGUCCUCGACCCAAGGCACGAGAAGAUCAUUAAAGCAGACCUUCCUAAUGGCGAUAACGUCAAAACUAUCUUGGACAAUGAGAGUGACUUGAAAUCUCUUACGAUAUUCCAAAAGAGAAAGAUGAUUCAUCAUCCAUGCUCGCAAAAUAACGGUGGGUGCGAACAGAUCUGUAUACCUAGUGACGGUGGAUCUAGAGUUUGUGCUUGUUCGAUCGGGUACAGAAAGGAGAGUGAGGUCAAUUGCAUUCCAUACAAAACCUUUGCAGUGGUGUCACAACUCGACCUAAUCCGAGGGUACAGCAUCGAUUCUAGCGCCGAAGCAAUGGUUCCAGUCACAGGCCAAGGACACCACAUUCUUCACGUCGAUGUCCACUUCGCUGAGAACUACAUCUACUGGGUUGAGUUUAACAGAGGCCAAUGGAAUGGUAUCUUUAGGAUACGUCCAAAUGGUACUGAACUUCAGCAUAUCGUCAAAGAUGGUAUCGGCAGUAAUGGAAUUAGAGGCCUGGCUGUUGACUGGGUAGCUGGUAAUUUAUAUUUCACAAACGUCUUCCCUCACGAAAACUACGUAGAGAUGUGCUGGCUAGAUGGUUCUAACAGAAAGGUCCUUGUCAAAACAACCAUGGAUGCCCCAAGAGAGCUCGCUGUAAAUCCUCUGAAGAGGUUGCUCUAUUGGAUAGAUUAUGGCCAAUACCCUCGCAUCGGAAAAGCAUAUCUCGACGGCAGCAACUGGCAGACUGUUGUCAGCUCCGGAAUAUCAAACCCCCGAGACUUGACCAUCGACAUGCUGACACAUGAUGUAUACUGGGUAGAUUCCAAACUCGACCAGAUUCAGAAGAUUUCUUACAACGGUGGCAAUAGACAGCUAAUCAGAUCAAAUUUGCCGAACCCCAUGGGUAUUGCAGUUCACACAGGCAGCGUUUACUGGGUUGAUAGAAAUUUGCAGACGAUUUAUAAGGCAUCGAAGUUACCAGGAAAUAUGUCUAUGCCAGAGAAAGUUAGAACGAACUUACCGAAACUACGUGAUAUCGUCAUAUUUGAUGUAAAUAACCAGCCAACCGACGAAAACAAUCCGUGUAGGAAACUUGGUAAUGGAGGCUGCGAUCAACUCUGUUUCAGUUUUCCACCUGACUCCAAUAAGGGAGUAACACACAGAUGUGACUGCGCGACUGGUCAAGUGUCACAGACUAAUCCAAAGAAAUGUGAUGUCGUUGAUGAAUACUUGGUAUUCACGACUAGAACCGAGAUUCGCGCCAUCAACCUCGACCCUAAAUCCACCGGUGUGCCCUUUAAACCUGUGGUCAACCUCACCAACGUCGUCGGAGUGGAAUUCGAUUACGCUGACAACAAAAUCUUCUUUACUCAAAUCAGACCUUGGGCUAGGAUCGGUUGGAUGCCAGCGAACAACCCAGAUAUAGCGACUAUUCAUAACAUCAUCAAUAAGGGAAUUAACCCUGAAGGUAUUUCUUACGACUGGACUCAGAAGAAAGUUUACUGGACCGAUAGUUCCAACAAUUCAAUCUACGCUAUGAAUUUGGACGGUUCCGAAUUGGUUAUGAUUGCAAGAGUUGAAAGACCAAGAGCUAUCGUUGUUGAUCCUUGCAAUGGAACCUUGUACUAUACCGAUUGGGGAAGAUUCGGAACUUCAGGUAAAAUUUACAGAACAACAAUGGCUGGAUCACUGAAAAAGGCUAUCAUUGACAAAGAUCUAUCACAACCUAGCGGGUUGACAAUUGAUUUCGAUGAAAACAUGCUUUACUGGACCGAUGCUGUCAGAGAAAAGAUCGAAAGAUCUAACAUGGAUGGUAGCAACAGAGAAGUUUUGAUAACAGCCACAAUCUAUCCCUUCGCUAUCACAGUCUUCGGAAAUUACAUCUAUUGGACCGAUCUUCAGUUACGUGGAGUAUAUCGAGCAGAAAAACACACCGGCGCUAACAUGGUUGAGAUGGUCAAACGAUUGGAAGACUCGCCCAGAGAUAUCCACAUUUACAGCCCCAGUAGACAAAAAUGCCAGUCAAACUUGUGUAAACUUAGCAAUGGUGGUUGUGCCCAGAGUUGCCAUCCGGCGCCCAACAACACGGUUGAAUGUAGGUGCGAUGAAAAUACUAAACUUGUUAAUGAGGGUCGUAUGUGCGUCGCUAAGAACAUCACUUGUGACUCUAGCAAAUUCUUCUGCGGUAACGGUAAAUGCAUCAGUCGUAUGUGGUCUUGUGAUGGAGAUGACGACUGCGGCGACAAUUCUGAUGAAGACAAAAACUACUGCGCGUACCACUCAUGUUCCCCGAACGAGUUCCGCUGUAACAACGGUCGUUGUAUAUUCAAGUCUUGGAAGUGUGAUCACGAGAACGACUGCAAAGAUGGUUCUGAUGAGGAAGGCUGUGUCUACCCACCUUGCGCUGAAGGAGAGUUCACUUGUCUCAACUCGCGCUGUAUCCCCAUGUCUCAAGUCUGCAAUGGCUUCAAUGAUUGCAAAGACAACAUCACUAGUGACGAAACUCAUGAACGCUGCCCCAACAACACGACUUGUCCUACUAACCAUCUCAAAUGCGAGAAGACUAACAUCUGUGUUGAACCUUACUGGCUUUGCGACGGAGAUAACGACUGUGGCGACAACUCCGAUGAAGACCCUCUACAUUGCGCGCAAAGGACAUGCCCACAGAACAGCUUCCGUUGCCCCAACCACCGAUGUAUCCCUGCAACUUGGUACUGCGACGGCGACGAUGAUUGUGGCGAUGGAGCUGACGAACCUCCAGAAUAUUGUCGUUCUGAAGGACGAACGUGCUUUGGAGAUCUGUUCACCUGCGACAAUGGUAACUGCAUUCCAAGGAUUUACAUAUGCGACGGUGAUAACGACUGCUUGGACAACAGCGACGAAGAUGAUAGACACCAGUGUAAUGAACGCAAGUGCGAUGCUGAGACAGAGUACACUUGUGAAGAGAACAAAGCGUGGGGAAGAGCUCAGUGCAUACCAAAGAAAUGGCUGUGUGAUGGAGAUCCCGACUGUAUUGAUGGCGCGGAUGAGAAUACCACCAUACAUCAUUGUUCUACUCCUACUCCGUGCUCUGACGACCAAUUCCAAUGUAACAAUGGAAGGUGUAUCAACCAGGGUUGGGUGUGUGACCAUGAUAAUGAUUGCGGCGAUGGUUCAGAUGAAGGCAAGCACUGCAAUACACAGUACAAGCAGUGUACCGAUCAGGAGUUCAAGUGCCAAAACUUCAAAUGUAUCAGGAAUCACUUUAGGUGCGACGGCGAGGACGACUGCGGUGACCACUCAGAUGAAGUUGAUUGCACGAAGCAGAACAAGACAUGUCCCGCGGGCCAGUUCAAAUGCAACAACGACCAGUGCAUCGACAACAGCCUCGUCUGCAACAAAGUGUCCGACUGUAGCGACGACUCGGACGAACCCGCACACUGCAAUAUCGAUGAAUGUACUAAAUUGGAGAUUAACCAGUGUGGUCACAAAUGUAUUGACACGUUGACUGGAUACUACUGCGACUGUAACCAAGGUUACAAACUCCUUCAAGAUGGCAAAGCCUGCGCGGACAUCAACGAGUGUGUAGAAACACCAGGAGUAUGUUCACAAUAUUGUUCCAACACUCCUGGAUCGUACUACUGUAAAUGUAAUGACCAGUAUUAUGAAAGAGAAGCUGAUGAGCACACCUGCAAGAGAAAAGACAAGAUACCUCCGUGGGUUAUUUUCACGAACAAGUAUUAUGUGAGGAACAUGUCGACUGAUGCGUCGUUAUACAAUCUGGUUCAUCAAGACCUCAUGAAUGUCGUCGCGAUUGAUUUUGAUAUUAAGGAGGAGCGAAUGUACUUUGCAGAUGUAUCGGCCAAGACUAUUUAUAGAUCGAACUACACAGAUCCUAAUCCUACCAAAGAAGUUGUGAUCAGACAUGAUUCCCAUGGUCUAGAAGGUAUUGCUAUCGACUGGAUUGGCAGAAAACUUUACUGGCUAGACAGGCAUUCGAAGAACUUAGAUGUAUCUGAACUUGAUGGUACUAGGAGAAAAACUUUGAAAACUGGUAUCGCUGACCCACGAGCUAUCGUUGUACACCCUGGAACAGGAUACCUGUACUUCACAUCAUGGCAUCUGCAAGCCUAUGUAGGAAAGAUUGGUAUGGAUGGAUCGAAUUUCACGGCUAUUCUGAACUGGGAAGACGACAUAGCUUGGCCUAAUGCUUUAACUAUUGACUACUUCACUGACAGAAUUUACUGGGCUGACGCUCACUUAGAUUACAUAGGAUCAGCUGAUUUAGAAGGUAGACACAGACAUGUUGUAUUGUCCGGAACUAAAGUACCACAUGUUUUCGCUCUCAGUCUUUUCGAUGAUGAAAUUUAUUGGACUGAUUGGAAUUUGAAAGCCAUCAGCAAAGCUAACAAACACUCUGGUGAGAACCUGAUGAUUUUGAGAAAUACCACACACAGACCAUACGAUAUCCACGUCGUCCAUCCUUUGAGGCAACUGUCGUACCCCAACCCUUGUGGAGACAACAACGGUGGAUGCUCUCACCUCUGCUUGAUUGCGCCGCCACACGAGUCCAGUUACUUGAACAUUGAGAGCUAUGGGGAAGAAGGCGCCACUACAUACAAAUGCGCCUGUCCAAACCAGUUCUAUUUGGCCAGGGAUAUGAAGACCUGUAUUGCAAACUGUACCAACGGUCAGCACAGAUGUAAUGGUAGAGAUGAGAAAUGCAUACCCUGGUUCUGGAAGUGCGAUGGGGAGAAGGACUGUAUGGAUGGUUCCGACGAGCCUGACACUUGCCCGGUUCGUCACUGUAGGGCAGGGUCCUUCCAAUGCAAGAAUACCAACUGCACCCCCGCGGCUACCAUUUGUGACGGCACCGACGACUGCGGUGAUGGCAGUGAUGAGGCUGAAUGCGCUCAUGAGUGUCCACUCCUCGAAUUCAAAUGCAAAGGCAGUGGCAGAUGUAUCCUGGACAGCUGGAAGUGUGACGGCGACACAGACUGCAAAGACAGUAGCGAUGAAGACCCAGUCAUGUGUCACAAUAGACCUUGUAAUCCCGACACCGAAUUCUCCUGCAAGAACGGCCGUUGCAUUCCAAAACUAUGGAUGUGCGACUUCGACAACGAUUGUGGUGACGACUCCGACGAGCCGGCAUACAUGUGUCGCCAGAAGAACUGCACCACAGGCUGGAGGAGAUGUCCUGGUCAGGCCAAUUACAGAUGCAUUCCUAAGUGGCUGUUCUGCGACGGUAAAGAUGACUGCAGAGAUGGUUCCGACGAGCUUCCAGAGAACUGCCCGACUUGCAACAGCGACACCGACUUCACGUGCGAGAACAAGCGUUGCAUACCGAAGCAAUGGCUCUGCGACUUCACUGACGACUGUGGGGAUGGAAGCGAUGAGACUGAAGCUAUCUGCCAGAACAAAUACAGAGAAUGCUCGGAAUCAGAGUUCAAAUGCGGCAGUGGAAAGUGUAUAUCAUCGAGGUGGCGUUGCGACCACGAGGAUGAUUGCGGUGAUAAUACUGAUGAGGCGGACUGUGGAGGCUUCCAGUGCAAGAAUGGAACCUUCCAGUGCAAAUCUGGUCACUGUAUCGCUGCGUACUUUAGGUGUGAUGGCGAUAGAGACUGCAGGGAUCUGUCUGACGAGAUCGGAUGCCCGCCUCGUUUCCCUGGUGGAAGAUACUGUCCAGAGAGCAGAUUCCAAUGCGCAAACAACCUAUGCGUGUCGCAAUCGGACCUGUGCGACGGCACCGACGACUGCGGCGACGGCUCUGAUGAAGCGCCUUCGAUCUGCACCAACUUCAACUGCGACACGCUGCGGAGAUUCCACUGCGACAACCAUCGAUGCGUGCCAAGAUACCAAGUGUGCGACGGCGUGGACAACUGCGGCGACGGCUCGGACGAGAACAACAUGACGCUGUGCGCGGCGCGCGCCAAGCCGUGCGACCCGUACGCGCAGUUCCAGUGCGCCAACCGCCGCUGCGUCGACCGCGCGCAGCUCUGCGACCUCGCCGACGACUGCGGCGACGCCUCCGACGAGCGCGGCUGUCACCACACGCACAACUGCUACAACGUCGACAAGGGCGGUUGCGAGCACUUCUGCACGAACUUCACCGCGAGCAGCGGCGGCGGGUACAUCUGCUCCUGCUUCCAAGGCUGGAUCAUCUCGCCGGCAGACAAGAAGAAGUGCGUGGACGUGGACGAGUGCUCGGCGGGUACUCACUACUGCUCGCAGCUCUGCACCAACCUCAACGGGAGCUACAGCUGUAGCUGUCGCGACGGAUUCAAAUUGGCAGACAAUCUAUCUGGAGUAUGCAAAGCUGUUGAUAACGAUGUAGUACUGAUGUUCGCUAACGGUCCUGAGAUUAGAGCAUUCGUGCAAGAAAAGAACGACCAAUUUGACGUCAUCACAUCGGAGAAGAGGAUCGAAGCCAUCGAUUACGACCCCAAAAAGGAGAUGGUCUUCUGGGCUGACAGCUACGAUAAGACGAUCAAGAGGUCAUACAUGGUGAAUGCCCUCAAUGGGGAAGUGAAGACUGGUUUCGCUCAAGACUUGAACAUGAAAGGAAACGCAAAACCAACUGCUUUGGCCGUGGACUACAUUGGAGACAAUCUUUACUGGACUGAAGUCGACCGAACUGGCUCCAAACCGAGAGGUCGUGUCAUGGUCGCGCGAACUGACGGCAGAUACAGGCGCGCUUUGGUCUCUGCUGGCAUCGAGAGCCCAACGUCACUAGUCCUGGAUCCCCAAAUGGGCAGAAUGUUCUGGGCGGAUGCGGGAUCUGCGCCUAAGAUUGAAAUAUCCUGGAUGGAUGGUUCAAAACGUCGUCCAGUAGUUACCGAGAACAUUCGUCAUCCAACUGGCCUGGCGAUCGACCAUACCAUGGACCACUCCAUCUAUUGGGCUGAUACCAAGUUGAAUACCAUAGAGAUGAUGAGGCACGAUGGCUCUAACCGCAAGGUGAUCAUCAAGGGAGACCUUCUGAGGCAUCCACUAUCUUUGGACGUGUUCGAAUCAUCUUUAUACUGGGUGACCAGGGAUACGGGAGAGCUAGUCAGACAGGAUAAGUUCGGAAGGGGAGUGGCGUUCGUCAUAUCUAAGGAUUUGGUCAACCCAUCGGCUGUGAAAGUGUACCACCCGCUGCGCUACAACACGUCGGCGGGCGCGGCGUGCGCGCGCAGCCCGUGCUCGCACCUGUGCCUCGUGGUGCCGGGCGGCCGGCGCUGCGCCUGCCCCGACCAGCAGCAGCCGCCCAAGCGCAUCACCAUGGAGCUCGCCUGCGACGCCGCCGUGGAGCACGAGCGGCCGCUGCCGACGCCGUGCCCGUGCGAGAACGGCGGGCGCUGCGUGGUGUCGGCGGCGGGCGCGGUGGAGUGCGAGUGCCGCGCGCCGCAGUCGCCGCCGGUGUGCGCGGGCGCGGCGGCGGCGGCGGCGCGGGCGGCGCCGGGCGCGGCGGUGUGGCUGCCGGUGCUGCUGGUGCUGCUGCUGGGCGUGGCGGCCGCCGCGGCCUGGUUCGUCGUCAGGAAGCGGCCAUUUGGCAAAGGCGGUCUUAGCAGCUUAGCGUCAUCACAAAGUGUGUCAUUCAGACAAGGGUCGAAUGUAGAGUUCGGCGGAGUGACCACCCCGGGGGGUGAACCCGCGUACACGUUAGAAGAGACUGCGCCGAGGAAAGGACGCGACUUCAGCAACCCCAUGUAUGAAGCGGUCACGCGGGCGGUGGCGGCGGGAGAACCCGAGCCGCCUAUACCGGGUAUUUACGAGGUCCCAGACGAGUUGAAAGAGAAAGUAGUAUCGGCUGUGAUCUCCCCGUCGUCGACGGAGACGCGGGGCGCGGGCGCGGGCGCGGGCGCGGGCGGCGGCGCGGCGGGGGCGGGCGCCCGGCGCGCGCUCGACCCCGCCGCCGACACCGGCCGCGACACCGCCAGCCUCGUGCGCGAGGACAAGCACUGCUAGCACGCGCCGCGCCGGCGCGCGGCUGUCGCGACACUCGCGCCACUCCGCACCGCGCGGUACUAGCCGCUGCUGCUGCCGUGGGGCGAGCCGCGUUACACACGACAAUCGACCAUACGGCUGAUGAGGUCAUCAGUUGUGGCGGAUAGUAUUCCGUUAUUUUUUAUACAAUUUCACAACUUAUAACGCGACUCGCCUCACUGUAAGUUUAACUUUACUGUAAGAUCUAAACUUGACGUGAAUUGUUAAUGAUUUCGACUGGAACAUAAAAUAUAAAAAUGGCGGCAAACACGUACUUUUGGCGUCACUUCACGUCAAAUCGAAUCUGUACUCUGAAAGUUCCAGUCUCUGAGCUAUGAUAAGACUCCAAAACGUUAAAAUAAAUGAAACGUGUUAACGCCUCAUGUUUUACUUGGAUAGUUUAUGUUUAUUUGUGCGCAUAUCGAUAGUUAUUGUCUAUGGACAUGUUGAUCUAUGGUUUCUCGUCUCGACGUCUAUCCGUCCUUUCUAGUUGUAGGCACUAAUUUAUUUCCACACAUCCUGUUACUAAGCUACUUCUUCUAUACUCUUAAAUCCCCGCUAGUUCUGACGGUACUUAUAAGUCAGUAUUUUUGUUUUCUAUGUGUUUUGAAGUGUCUUCGUUUGUCGUAACCUAAAUGAAUCAUAUCAUAGCGUGAUAUAUAUGUUAUAUAACAGAUUUAUCUAAAUUGUACAUUCCGUGAAGACUGAGCUUUGCUCUUAGGACUCCGACGGUCUCGUGUCCAACUGAUACAUUCCUAAUGUAUAAACGCUCGUUAAUUAGUGAUAAAUUGUUUUAGUACAUAAUAUAUAGGAAUUGUUCGCGGCGCGCGGUGGCUACAAGCCGAUUCGGAUUUUGUUCUUAAAUAAGAUUUUAAAUUGAUUUUGACAAUAAGCAAUAUCAUUAUUAUAGAAUAAUUUAUUUAUUUCGAUUUUAAGAAUAUGUAAAAAUAAUGCUACGUUGUGUUUUGUAAUUGUCUAUUAAAUGAUUAAAGAUGAAUUAAAAGAUAUAUUUUGUGGUAACGAUGACGAUUUGCCAUAACCUGUGAGAUAUUUCUGUUGUUUAUUUUAUUGUAAUUUCUCCGACAAUAUUGUUGUAUAAAAUCGUCUGUAAAUAUGUGCGUAAGUACAGUUUUGUGAUGUACAUUUAAUAGUUCGCACUAUACGUAUGUUGUAUGUAUUCAUUAUAAAUAUGUAUUAUAAUAUUAUAAACUAUGAUAACAUCACACUUUACGAACACAUGAAUUGAUGAAAAUGUAAAAAAAUAUAUAGAUCUGUCAAUAUAAUGAAUAUAUUAUGGAUAAGGAGAUGAAAUAUUUUUAUAUCGGGAUUAUUUUAGUUGCUAGACUGUCGUUUGACAUUAGUUGAAAAUAUUGUGUAAAAAUAAAUUAAUAAUGAAAAAA